UCUCGCUGGAGGAGUUCACUGUGUGCGUGCGGUUCACUUCCAACAGACCCGAGGGGCUGAACAGCAUCCGCCAAUCUGACUCUAUGGGCAUAAACUUUCUAUUCGUUUUGAUCUGGCCAUUUCACAGGUCCACCGACGCUACGUCUUUAAAAGCAUAGGACUUUGUAGUCCCCUGAUAAGGAACAUAUUUGAAUCUGUUGUUGAUUUACUAAAGAUGUCUAUAUUACCUUUCACGCCACCGAUUGUGAAGAGACUGUUGGGCUGGAAGAAGGGUGAGCAGAACGGACAGGAGGAGAAAUGGUGUGAAAAAGCAGUGAAGAGUCUGGUGAAGAAGUUAAAGAAGACAGGACAGUUGGAGGAGUUGGAGAAGGCCAUCACCACCCAGAAUAUCAACACCAAAUGCAUCACUAUACCGAGGUCUCUGGAUGGCCGUCUGCAAGUGUCUCACAGAAAAGGCCUUCCCCAUGUGAUCUACUGCCGGCUGUGGCGCUGGCCUGACCUGCAGUCCCACCACGAGCUGCGUGCUGUAGACUUGUGUGAGUUUGCUUUCCAUAUGAAGAAGGACGAGGUGUGUGUGAACCCUUACCACUACCAGCGUGUAGAGACACCAGUUUUGCCUCCAGUCCUGGUUCCUCGGCAUGCUGACAUCCCCACAGACUUCCCUCCACUGGAUGAUUUUAUCCCUGAGAACACCAUAUUCCCAGCGGGCAUUGAGCCUCCGAGCAACUAUAUACCGGAGACCCCUCCUCCAGGCUACCUGAGUGAGGAUGGGGAAACCAGCGACCACCAAAUGAACCACAGCAUGGACACAGGCUCCCCAAACCUUUCACCCAACCCUGUCUCUCCUGCCAACAGCAACCUAGAUCUGCAGCCGGUAACAUAUUGUGAAUCCGCAUUUUGGUGCUCGAUUUCCUACUACGAGCUGAAUCAGCGUGUGGGCGAGACUUUCCACGCCUCGCAACCGUCUCUGACCGUAGAUGGCUUUACGGACCCCUCUAACGCAGAGCGCUUCUGUCUGGGCCUGCUGUCCAACGUCAACCGCAAUGCAGCCGUGGAACUGACGCGCAGACACAUCGGCCGAGGUGUGCGUUUGUAUUACAUCGGCGGUGAGGUGUUUGCCGAGUGUCUGAGCGACAGUGCUAUUUUCGUCCAGAGUCCGAACUGUAACCAGCGGUAUGGCUGGCACCCUGCCACAGUAUGUAAGAUUCCUCCAGGCUGUAAUCUGAAGAUCUUCAAUAAUCAGGAAUUUGCAGCUCUGUUGGCCCAAUCAGUGAAUCAGGGAUUUGAGGCUGUUUACCAGCUGACCCGCAUGUGCACCAUUCGCAUGAGUUUCGUCAAAGGCUGGGGGGCAGAAUACCGGCGGCAGACAGUGACCAGCACCCCCUGCUGGAUUGAGCUGCAUCUCAACGGCCCCCUGCAGUGGCUGGACAAAGUGCUCACUCAGAUGGGCUCUCCGAACCUCCGCUGCUCCAGCGUGUCAUAGGACAAACCCUCAGCCCGUUUCAUGCAACUUUACCUUUCUAAUGACAUCUUCUGUUGCUGCUGAAUGCCAAGCAAACAAACAGAGCGAAACCGAGGACGGGGGAGACAAAACACCUGCUGGACUCCUCAGACUGUCACUUGAUCUUUUACAGAUCCUAAGAUUUUGCUUUGGGCAAAAAUAGACACGUACAGUUGAAGCACUUUGAACAAUGACACGCAAGGAGCAUGGAUCAUAUUUCCUCAGUGUUUGAAAUGAGGCAUUUUCCUCAUUGUGAAUUUAAAUGUGAAAAUGAAAUCAUGAUUCUGUCCGUUUUUGUUUUGAUCAAGAAGUGUAUCACGCAUUUAAUUUGAUCUAAAGGUAUUUGAAUCUUGGGCUCAGAAUAUGAUUGCUCAAAAUCAUAAACAUCCUCAUGGGGGGGCCUCAAAGAGUGCUUUGUUUCCACCACCUUCAGUGAAGGGGUCGUGUGUGAACUUUUACAGUAUACUA